CUUUGAUAUUUAAUGUGUUUGAACGGGUAAAAGGUUUUAUAAACUGUAGAGAGUUUAUUUCAAUACUAAUUUUUACAAAUCUUGCUAUUUUUAAAAUAGAUGAGAAACAUGAAAGUGGAUUAAUGUUUUAAAAUAAAGAUUUUGUUAAUUGGAAGUGGAUGAUGAAUCCACAGAGAACAUUAAUGACAUCUCAGUAUUCAAAUUCUUGUACUGAUUAGUUGGAUACUUUCCAGAUUAACAGAAAUGUCAGAAGCAAUAGAAACACUAGAAGAGACUCCAGAGCUUUUGUCUGCCGACUGGCAACAAAGAAAGAGUAUAGGAGCCUGUAUGUUAGAAAUGUAUGACAGGUGUCUCUGGACUGAUGUUAUGUUUCAUUGUAAGGAUAGCGAGGAAGGGGAAGUGAUUAAAGCGCACAAAAUUGUACUAGCGGCUAGAAGCCCGGUGUUUCAGGCGAUGUUCUUUGGUCCUUGCGCUGACGGAAAAGAUGAAGUGAAGCUAAAUGAUGUAGAAAAGGAUAGCUUUCUUUCGGUAUUAAGGUACAUUUACAGUGACACAGUGACGUUGACUGAGGAAAAUGUAACUGCAGUCAUAAACCUGGCUCACUGCUAUCAAGUUUCAAGCUUGGUGCAAUACUGCGCUGAUUAUCUGGCCACCAGUAUUACACCAGAUAACGCCUGUGAAAUUCUAACGACCGCAAUGCUGUUCCAGAUUUCUAGUCUGAAAGGUACUUGCUGCUCAUUCAUCGAUGAUCAUGCACAACAAGUGCUCAAAUCCGAAGGUUUCCUGAAUUUAUCUGAAGAAUGUCUUUUGUUGAUCUUAAGGGGGGAUACAUUCUAUGCUGAAGAACAAGAAAUUUUAGAAACGGCAGAAAAAUGGUCUAAAAGGAGGUUGUUAGAAAGUGGAAUGGCUGAAAACAGUACAAACGUUCGCAAAUUUCUCGGCAAAUUGUUUUAUCAAUUGAGACUGCCAACAAUGACAAAUAAAGCUUUGCUAGAGUAUGUAAGUAGAAAAGGUUAUUUUUCAAUUGAAGAAUAUGCAGAUAUUUCAGGAUGGAUCAACAAAGUCCCCAAUAUUAAAGUGUCCACCAAUUCCUGUGUAGCGAGGGUGCCUAAACUAGAAUCAAUACAGGUUAACAUAGAAAACAGUGAUGAGGUGAUCAGGGACAGUAUUUCCUGUUCGUUUGAGAUAUCUGUGUCAAAAGAUGUAGCUCUGGCAAAUAUCACCCUCAGUGAAGUAACACCACAGCUGAUGUAUGAAAAAAUGUAUACUGAUGAAAGACGUUAUUCGAGUUUUGUUGGACAGAUUUCUGAAGAGGAUAAGUUAUCGGCCAUUUUACGCUAUGGAAAGUAUGAAGAUAGAAUUAUUAAACUACAAACCUUAGACAACAAGAAGUCGAACAGUUACAGUGCUUUUAUUUUAUACCCCCUGCAAGAAGUUCUUCCUAGAAAACUUGGCCUUGUAUUGUCUGGCACUAUCAGCAUCAAAUGUUUAAAAUUUAACCAAAGCUUUAAGGUACAGCAACAACAAUAUGAAAAUGCAACAGUGACCUUGACUACACCAUUGGUACUGAAAAAAGGAAGCGAUCCAUAUUGCGUAUCAGUUAACUAUAGUGUUUGCGUUGGGUUGAAAAUGACGACUAGAUAUCAUAAAAGCACAGAACCCAUCUCAAACAGUGAUGGAACGAUAAAAAUCCGCAGCAGAUGCUAUAGUGGAGAAUCUUUUCUAGGGAUAAAAAAAUUGGGAUUCCUGAACUUUUCAAAUCGUUAUAAAGAUUCGGAUCCAGAAACAAGUGAGAAAAAAUCAUGACUAAGAGCACCAGUAUCAGUAUAGAGACAGGCCUUUUUGCACAAGGAUGAGCCUAGAUCGUUAGAAAGUACAACAUCGAUUGGAACCGUAGAACACAACCACAAAGCAAAAUAAUUGCAUCACCGCUUUGAUUGAAACUGAUCAUAAAGUGUUAGAAAACAUGUAACACGCAGCAUUCAUUCUUCGAUUAGCCUUGCAUUACAAAUAUUUUCGUCAUUCUAUUUCGAAUAUUCUACAAAUAAAAUGAAACUGAUAAUAGUCAUUAUUACUACAAAACAAAUAGGUCAUUAAAGGAAAUACAAUAUUAA